UCCUCACUUGAGAGAGUGACAGGUCCUCGACUUUUUUCCCAUCGCGUUAAGGCGAGUCAGUUUUCAGUAGUAAGUCUCGCGUGGUUCGUCAAGUAUCGGCAGAGAUCCGAUAAUUUCGGCGUUACUUUACGAUUAGAUUGCACAGAAAAGUACAUAUUUUUGCACGCCAGUAGCAGUUCUGUGCGCGUCGGCGGUUACACGACGGAUUUUCGAAUCUCAGCGGCGAAGGCACUUCGACAGAGAAGACAAAAGUCGUCUCCUCGAGUAUAAUAAUACUCGAGUAUAAUAAUACUGCAGCUAUACAACUUCCCAGCCGUGCGCAGGGCGGAUCGUCGGAGAGACGCGUACCUAGGCGAAAGACGAAACCCGGACCGGGACCUUUACGCAGUCGGCGAAUUGAAGCUGAGGCUGCGUUCUUCGCGUUGAUUUGAAAUUAGUAAGGAACGAAUACCCGCCGCACAUCAGACAUGGCUGCGUUUCGACUAACCCUGUGCUUUAUCAUCUCCGCGUUAUGGUUCUGCUCGCUGAUCAACGCUGCGGCCGUUUACAACUUGUUAAUUCAGGACAAACUGCAGGAUGGCACAAACAGUGCGGAUGAGACUCGGGCGGAGGCUGGAGGGCUGAUCAGUGUCGGAGAUGGACACGAGUUUCCGGAAAGUAUUCGAGCGCGCAGAUCCAAUUCCGAUAGACCUUGCCAGAAAACGGCACCGUGUGGAUGGGCGAUUUACACGCCAUUCGAAAGGCGGAUAGAAUUCUUCAUGAAGAACACAUGCCCCUGCCCAUCCUCAUUCAAGUGCGUAAGAACGGACGACGACUUGUCGGCCAGCGCUUAUGUCUACAGAUGUAGGAGCAACGUUAGCGCGACCGACAUCGUGUCGCCGCCGUAAAAGAGGAAUCCUGACUAAAACGUACGUACGUAUGUAUGGCAAGCAGUAUGAAAUGUACUUGGCGUAAGACAUACCUACGUGCACUACUGCGCGAAUGACACAGUUUUAUUGUGUAUCCGUCAGUUCGUGUGGAGAAUUUUCGGUAAUAAAUUAAAUGAACGUAAUAACAGAGCAUAAAU